AUGGCAGCCGAAGAGGACAUGGAUGUUGAUACUAUGGUUGUGGUUGGUUUUGAUGACGACGACGAUCAUGAUUCAUUCAUGGACUCAUCAGCAUCUAGCUUGAGAGAGUCGACGGCGUCUUUGAACGACUCGGUUCAUCAAUUCCGGACUAUUCACGGCCGAACGUAUCAGAUCUCUGAGACAAUUGACUACUGGGCUCCUAACGACGAAGCUCACAUCGAAGGAUUCGAUAUCACACAUCACUAUCUGCUCAUUUUGAUGAAAAAUCAGCUCUUCGGCGCCCCCAUCAAAGAUGGUCAUUUGAAGAUUCUUGAUGUUGGUGCAGGAACAGGUGUUUGGGCCAUCGACAUGGCAGAAGAGUUCCCGAAUUCAGAGGUGAUUGGAACCGAUAUAUCGAAUAUCCAGCCGGAAUGGGUCCCGGUGAACUGCUUUUUUCAGAUCCAUGAUGCCCAGCUUAAGUGGACGUUCAGACAAAACUACUUUGAUUUCAUCCACGCACGAAAUCUAUUCGGUGGUAUCAACGACUGGCAAAGGUUCUAUGACCAGGCGUAUACCCAUCUCAAGCCAGGAGGGUGGUUCGAAAGUCUUGAAGCCGACAGCCAGGUCCGGUCGCUUAACCCAGCCAUCGAAAACGACUCAAGUCACAUCUUCAAGCAGUGGGCUCCGCUGUUCUGGGAAGCCGGUGACAUCACAGGACAAACUUUCCGUGUAGCACAGGACGAUGGAAGGAAUCCUAUCAUGAUGGUAGAGUGCAUGAAGAAGGCAGGAUUUGUCGAUAUCGUGCACAAGAGAUGGAGUAUUCCGGUUGGAGGGUGGGCUAAAGACCGGAUGCUUAAGGAGGUCGGUUUCUACGCGGCGUGGUACGUCGAUCAAGGGCUCGAAGGGUGGGCGCUCCGGCCGAUCAGCGAAAUUCUGGGAUGGAGUUACCCAAGAUUACUGGUCUUCAUUGAGAACAUGCGAAAAGCUUUGGAGCAACGGGAUGCGUUGCCUUACUUCAACUAUCACAUGGUGUAUGGCCGAAAGCCGGAAGUUGCAGUUUAG